AUGUUUAUUUAUAAUAUGGCCAACUCCGUUUACAAUUUGUGUAAAUUGAAAAAAUAUUUAAAGUAUAUUUUUAUAAUUUUUCUAUGGUUACUGUAUUAUUUUGGUGUUUUUACUCAUCUUUUUGAAUUGGACUAUUAUUCUCAAUUUGUGUAUCCACUGGAAACUGACAUAUCAAAAUGUGUAAUGAACUUACAGUCUGGUAAUUCUGAUCAACCACCUUGUAUUUAUAUAAAUGCAUUACAAUAUGAUUUGUUGUUAUCAAAUGACACUAAAUGUAAUAGAAAUAUUCAUUUACUAAUAUUGGUUAAAUCGUCAUUAAUUAAUUUUGAUAGACGAAAGACAAUUCGACAAACUUGGGGAUUUGAGAAUCGAUUUUCUGAUGUACCCACUAGAACAGUUUUUGUAUUAGGAAGGUCGUAUGAUAUAGAUUUAGAGAAACGCAUUAAAGAAGAACAUGAACAGUAUGGAGAUAUUAUACAGUAUGAUUUUAUUGACGCCUACUACAAUAAUACCAUCAAAACUAUGAAUGCAAUUAAAUGGGCUUCAACACGUUGUAACAAUUCAAAAUUCUAUUUUUUCUCAGAUGAUGAUAUGUAUAUAUCUGUAAAAAACGUGUUACGUUAUUUGCGAAACCCGACUAGAUAUCCAGAAUAUUUAACAGAAGAAGUUAAAGGAAAACAAUCAAAACAUAUCUUGCCGUCAGAUAUAAUAUUAUUUACUGGAUAUGUUUUUCAUUCUUCACCACUGAGACAUCAAAUAAGUAAAUGGUAUGUCUCUCUUUCUGAAUAUCCGUAUCAUAUGUGGCCUCCAUACGUCACAGCUGGUGCUUAUAUGUUAUCCAAAGCAGCUUUAGUCAAAUUUUACUAUGGAAGUUUUUAUGUAAAGCAGUUUCGAUUUGAUGACAUAUAUUUAGGGUUGUUAUCAAAAAAAUUAAAUAUAAAACCUUUUCACUGUGAACACAUAUAUUUUUAUAAGAAACAUUAUUCUAUAAGUAGUUAUAAAUAUGUUAUUGCUAGUCAUGGAUAUGAUGAUAGUGAGGAGUUACUUAAUGUUUGGAUGGAACAAAAAAGUUACGGAAACGCAUAAGACUAUUUUGUAUUACUAAUUAAAAUUAAUGAAUUAUUUUCAUGUUACUUUAGAUACUGAAACAAAAUAUAU